GGGUCAUUUGUUCCCUUUGAAACGAAAGGCUGUGGUCUAUAUUUACUUUAGUUGGUCUAUCUUUGGUUUAGAAAAUCUUAGCCCUCCCUGUAUCGGACUGCAGAACGAAGGCGAUUGAAAGUAACGCUAUUUCAACACAAACUUAAAGAUUAUUCCGUAUAUGCCAAAGAUGGUCAGACAUCACUCUGGACCUCCUCGGUUCAAGCCCAGGUGUAGCAUUUCCCUCAUACUUUAAAAACAAGAAAUGGACAGUGACGGGGGUCCUACUCGGGUGGCUACAACAACACGCCACACGAAGAGCAUUACAGCCCUCAUCUCGGGAGUCAGAGAGGAUUCCAGGGCCACCCAGGAAAGGCCCCUCCAAGCUGGAGAAAUUCCAGAGGCAGAGGACACGCUCACUUUGCCAAAAGUCCCACACUGAUGGGAGAACGGCGGGAGCGACAAUUCAAUCAGUGGAGGUCCCAAAACCAGGAUUCCUUCAACACAUGCCCCUCUCAAUCGGACCCCCAUCAUGGCCACAGGAGGGCACCCCCAUCCAGGCCAAACUGUCCUCCCCAAGCCCAGCAUAGGUCCUCCCCACACAGUCCUGCACAAUGGCACCAGGGCCAGAGGGGAGCACCUAUCCAUGGACAACACCCAGGUCACAGAUCCCCCUCACCACACCAUUACCAUAGCCAACGCCCUGACAGGAGGCUGCCACCCUCACCAUCCCCCCACAGUUCCUUCAUGGGCCCCCACAAGCACCCAGGUCCUUCCCAUGAAGAGGAUAGGAGCUGGGGUGCCCGGCCACACCAUAGCCCCGGGAAGAGGUUGUUUGAGCGCCCAGGUCGCGGGGGGAAGCGCUGGAAUGGGCCAGGGCCCUUUCCCCACCCACACAAUAGUGAACGUGGACCUUCUGGCACCACCCAGAAAAAGCCACAGGAGUUUCAUGGCAGAGGCCCAUAUCCAGAGAGAUACAGGAGUGAAGAGGCAGUAUGGGCUGGGUAAAAUAAAUGGAAAGAAAGUGUAAACUCACAUAGUCCUCUACACCACAGAGGUCAAAAUUAUCGUUCAGUGUUACAAUGCUAAUAAACUGUAAAAUGCGGUGAUCUGGUGUUAAUGCGCUGGUCGCCUGCCACUGGAAAGAGUUUUUGUAUAUGCUCACUGAAGGUUUUACGCCUACCUGUAUCAUGGCAUUAAGGUGAAGGGGCACCAUAAAGAAACGCUAAACCUCCUUUUCCUGCGUCCCCUGAUAAUGGAUCUUCCAAUGUAAUCAUUUGUUGUAUUGUUUGUGAUGGAUGUGCAGGUGGUCUGCUGAGCGAGAUCCCAGGCAACAGCAUGGAGUGGUGGGAAGGGAGAGGGAGGGCAGCGGACGCCGCAGCGCUGAGUGGGCACAGGAAGGCAGCUCUCACCACCCUCCCCACAGAUCCCCCGCAUGGAAAGGCGUUUCAUCUUCUUUCUACCAGAACAGCCCGCAGGGAAGACCAAGUGGACAACCUCGCAAGCGGAAUUUCCAGGAGUGCGGACCAGGCCUUGGUCUGGAGCGUGGUCAUCCAAAGUGCCCUCGGAGAGAGAUCCCACAAACCUUCUCUAGGGGAUUUGGCGGCCGUCCCUUGUCUCUCGUGGACAAGAGUCGCUUGAUGAAGGGGCGUCAAAUUAGAGCGGAGUCUGUGAUGCGGCUUAAAGCACCUCCACUUCGACCCAGAGGAGCAGAUAUCGAGAACCAGGAAGAGGAAGGUCCGCAUGCAUCCAGAGCAAAUGCACGAUCCAAGUUCGCUCUUCGGCAGGAGCGUUUCCAAGCAAAGGCUGGGCCGCUGAGGAAGAGGCCCAUAACUCAUCAGUCACCUGCCAAGUCUUCCAGGAACUCUGAGUCACACAAGGAACAUGUGGACUCUCAGCGCGCCUUGAGCACACACAGGUACGGUAUCUUCCUUCUCACUCUGGGAGCUGGGGCGUGAUGAUGUUUGGAGGAAAUGGAGUUACGGCGAUGUCCUGAAUCCGUUACGCUUUGAAAUCAAAUGUCCAAAGUCCUCUGGCAGUGAACAGAAUAAUUCACGUGUUUUUUCCCCCUUUUUUUCUUCUGGGUGCCAGACAUUCAAAGUUGAAUUAAUAUCAGCCUGUUCAUUAAUGUCAGAUUGAAAGAUGCUAGAAAAGCCAUAUCCAUACGUGUUGAUGGGAGGUCUGUUCCUCUGAUGCUAUUGGGGUCUGAAGCUAGUGGUGCUGUCCCUCUCUGACCAAGUGGAAGAGUUGAAAAAACGUAUGCACGCAGCAAGCCCCCCCCCCCCCAGACAGAACAAGAGGACUGUGGACAAAACCAUAUCCUUAAAUCUGCUGAAAUGCCACAGUAGUUGCACACCAACAUGACUCGUAGGAAAGGAGAUGCUUUUCUUAUCCUGGAUGAGCAGUGACCUAUGUAGGAGGAGACUCUGAAACGGACAGCUGUAAUACUAAUUCGGGUAACACAAUCUGCCAGUUGACAUGGGGAUAUUUGGCUCGCAGGAAGUCAGUUUGAGGAAUAACAUUCAAAUGGCAUUGGAAUAUGCAGCAGCUUCCUUGAAGAUGCUAUCCAGAGGACUUUUGGGGAUAGUACACUGCCACUGACAACAUGCGGCAGAAGCUCUGAGGCUGUACAGCAUCAAGAGGAGAGGACACUGCCUCUGAGGAAUCUUCAUAUCAAUAUUUACUCAAUGGUCCAAAGAUGAAGUGAACGUGUGCUGCUGUUCCUGAACUGUUGGCCCCUUUUAUGCUCUGGUAAUACAUGGAUGCAUACAAUACUACUUGUAUUUCUUAGAGACAGAAUGCAGCCAUGCAGUUGACUCACUACUUAAAAAGUGAUUUUAGAAUCAUUACUCAUUAAAUGUCCAAUAGACCUACAAGAAACAAAUGAAGCGAUAAUGGACCACACCUUGGUACAUUAACAUCACACGGAACCUUAUCUGGCUAAGCAGGUGAACAGUGGACUUUCUCUGCAUGAAAGAAUAUAUAAAAUCUGCAUCUAUGCAGAACAUGUGCAGUGUUUUGUACAGUACACAGAAUCUCAUCACAGCAAUGGUGGGAUUACAAGUACAAUUGGAUGUCUACGUGUAAACAAUGGAAUCCAUUCCUACAAAGUGCAAGCUCCUAAACACCGUGCUCUGUAGAUUGCUUGUUUAUUGAAGCGUACUGGUGAAUUUUGACCGAAGACGGACGAUCUCGAUUUGAAUUGAUCACACUGCUUGUACCAGACAGGAGAGCAAGAUCACAAUAACAUACCCUUUUGAAAUUGAAUGUCCAAUGGUUGCAGGAGAGUUGCGAUUUGGGAAGUGAGACUGAACUUAACGAAGAGAAGUAAGGAUCAACUGAAGAUCACCGAUCAUAGACGAAUGGCUCGUUUGAACUGGAGAGGAUUGACAGCCUUUGAGCUUCACUUCAAGUUAAAAAAUGUGGACCCCAAGAGACCGGGUCAUCAAAACCAUCAGCAUCACUUGUCCAUUUCAUACACGUCAGUUUUCACACAGUGAAGGGUUCAUUGGAAAAACAGCGUUAGGAAACCAUGGACAUUACAUGCUCUUUGUAAGUACCCGAGUGACGAUCAGCUUUUAUUAUGACCAUUAUUCCACUCAGUGAUUUUAUAUAUGAAUCUUUAGCCGCCUGCCCGUUAACUCCCUUCAUCCGCCAUGUAACUUCCUGUCAUUCCAUGUCCCCCAAUAUCUGUUCUAGUCUGUUUUAGCGUGUUACAUUUUUUGUUCUACAGAACGACACCAUUUCAACUUUUCAGGGCAUUACUUAGACUGACGGAAUCUUCCCUUACGGUGCAGGCUUCUAGUAAUAAUGUUCUGCUUGACUGCCUACCAAACCUUUGCCUCUCAGGCUUCACUGAAUAGGAUGCUCAUCUCUUGUCAUCCUCUACCUCGGCUGGUCUCUCUCCAGCUCUUCCUCUAUAGACCGACGGUUGGCUCGUGACCUAGUCGUCGUGUCCCAGUGGCAAGCGCCGGGGACAAACUCCAGCUCAAAGGACAGCCCCCCAAGGGAUAGAAGUAGACCACCAAAGAACAAGACCGAGCCCUAUUACAAUUCAGAUGAACAACUUACGCUGAAUGAACGCUUCUCUCAAAUUCAUGACUCCAGUCCUUCCCCUUCUCCAAGAGACUGGAGAUAUGCAGAAAGGCAAACGGACAUGCCACAGGAGAACCACACACCUGAAAAACCCUUCAGGAAUCCAAGAUCACCGCAGAGACCCAGCUUCCGUCCCAGCAGCCCAAAUCAUAAACCAGGUCCUCCUCCCCAGAGAAAGCCAGGCCCUGAACUGCCCGGUCCCUUUAGGAAGCCACUCAUGGGAGGCUUUGUGCCACGUCCCUUCUCUCAGAGGCCAGUGUUCAGGAAGAGCCAGAGCAUCCUGUCAAAAUACCGCAACAUGCCGACAAUGCGUCAACGUGUACCUCCCAACAGAGGGUCGAAUUACCGCCGCUGGUGAUCAAACUAGAGGGACUGACUGCACAGAUUGGGGUUACACGCCCUGGCCUUGUGCUUUGGGCUGCCUCGUUGUCUUGGAGAUGGCUCCCAGAUGGAACUGUCCCUGUGCCCAUCAGAAAAACCAGACAUAAAAUGUGUAUUUUUAUAACAUAAGAUCUGUUUUAAAUAUAGAGAAUAGGCCAUCUGUUUCUAUUCUUCCUGACUAGUUAUUAUGGACAUGGUUUUGUGAUUUCACAACUGUGUUACAGCUCUCAUAACAUGUAAAUGAGGUAAUGGAGACUUUUCUUUUUAUAUUUUCCAGCAUCACUUUUUUCCCCCGGUGCUUAGAUUUGUUUGUGUUUUUGCUGUAAAGUGGCCUUAAAGACUAUUCCACAGGGGCUGUUGAAUAUGAUGCUCUGUCAAAAGUGUGUUUUUAUAAUUCUCAACCUGUUAAAAACUACUGAUACCCCUUGCAUGUCCUGCUCAUUUUGAACAUUUUGUUUUAAGGUAUUUCAAAUCAUUGGCUGGACAUGCCUUGUGUGGAGGUUUCUCUUGUGCCGAAGGAGGCCCCGUAGGACCUUUUUGGGAUGUACCUUCCAUGGGACUGGGGAGAUCUAGUUAGCAUUUCGCAUUGACUAAAAUUCCUUUUGAACUGAAGUGACCCAAUUCAUCGUAUUGAGGUUCAUGUGAACUACAGAGGCUUGAUCAACACUGUCCCUUUACUGCAAAAGGAGUUUAAAACAAAAAAUGAAUAAGCGGUGGACAGACUAUAGCUGGGAAAUUCUAGACUGAUUCUCAUUUAUGGAUGUAAUAGUGUAGCUGGUUUGUAUGUAAAUUGAGUCUUGCUGAAAAUUAUAUGGGGCUUGUAUGAUUUAGUUUUGUAUGAGAUGAUACUUUAGCUUGUGUUAUGGCCGAGUAGAUCAUUUAAUCUCUGCCAAAUUAGCUUCACCCUACUCCUGUAACACUGUUGAAUAGAAAAUAGUUAGGGGAACAAUCUGAAGAAGAUAAAGCACGAUGUAAAACAUUGAUGUGAAAGACAAAAAAAUCCACAAUGAAAGAAGGGGGGGGGGGUCAGAAAGAAAGUUUGCUCUAGUCUUAGAGGUGGAGAGAACUGUUCUGUUGGGUGUGCCAUUUGCAUUCCUUGGAGAUCACCAGUCAGACGAGCUGUUACCACUUCAGUGUAGGCUAGCCAUGUCCUUUCCUGUGAUUGGUUACAGCUGUCACCUUAAAUGGAGGGGAUUCCAGAACUGUCACAAAGGCUUGACAGCUAAAGGAAGCCCUGGGGGAAUAACUGGUGUAAGAUUAAGAGAGUGAGAAAGAACCAUAUAUAAAGGAGACAAAAGUACACAAUGAGCUUAUACAGUCAGGUCCAUAAUUAUUGCCAUUCUUGAUAAAGGAGCAAAAAAAGACUAUAAAAUAAAUAAGACAGAUACUGAGCUAUAUUGUAUACUCCCCAAAAAAUACAACUACUCAUAGAAAGAGACUUUGUUCAAGUUUUAAAUUUUUUACAAUUAAAGAUCAGGGUCAAAAGCACUACACAGCUGAUUCAAACUCAUCAAGCUUCGAUUAUUUGAAUCAACGUUUCACACAUUUUGGCAGACAGGAAUUCCAUUUAUAUCUUCUAAUCUCUGAAUAAUAUAAUUUCCCCCCAAAAAUGUAAUGAUAAACUAGUAGCGCUUCAUAUUCCUGAUUCAAACUACAAUGACGAUUCCGCUUGACCUUUCCCAUUCAAACUCAAAUUGUGGAACUGACUCUGAAGAUACUGGAUAAUUGCGUGAGUGUCAAAUGCCCUGUAGUCUGUCCCUUUAAAUGCUCCCAAAUAUUUAGCUCGGCAAUCAGUAGUUCUGUCAUCCUCAGGGACGGACCCAAUGUUACUGGUAGUGAGCAUGUCUGGGUGCUCCACUAUUCUGUGCUAAACUUAGCCCCGGCAAUCCCUCCUCUCAUCACACUAACGUGCUUUUGGGUUACAAUGGAACCGGUGAAUGGUGUAGAGUUACCACCAGUGGAGCUGGAUUGCGAUAGGAACACUGGCCGAACAAGCUCUGCCCUCACCGCGGACAUUGAAGAUUUUGAUGCUGUCGUUUCGGUCACUGAGACGCUGAAUCAAUUGGCAACACACGUGGAAGACGAUAGGUUUCAGUCACAGAUUCUGUCAUUGGCUGCUCAGUCUAACCCUGACUUACAGGAAGACGUACAGGUGGCCCCUACACAGGAGGGAGAGGCGCAAGAGGAGCUGGACCUCUCCUCUGUCAUAUCACACAUCAGCACCCAGACAGCACCUAUAAACACCCCUGUUUUACCUGUGAUUGAAAAGAAGCCUCACCGCCCUCCAAGGCACACAAGGCUCUCUUCAUCAUCCACUGGUGCCAAUGUUCCCCACCCCUUCUCCACCCUCCUCCCUGGGGCUCUCUCUGCUAUCCUGCGUGUGACCCUGCCCCCUCACCUCACCUCUAACCCCAAUCCCAGGAGGGAGCCAAGUGCCCAGGGCCCACUGACCCUAGAACAGCUGCAGACAGAGCUCCGGGACCUGAGGGACGAGGUAGAAAUGAUGAAGAGCCAGCACAACAAAGAGAUUCAACUGCUGAUGAAUGAGUUGGAUGAGGAGAAAAGGAUUCGUUUGUCAGUACAGAUGGAGGUGGCACAGAUGAAGAAGCACAAGUCCAAAUGAGCUGUCGGGCUCAAACAGCAUGACAUCCCCAACAAAGUUUGAACAGGCGGUAAUCUGUCUCAGCCUCUGUUUUGGUUUAAAGACUAUCAAUUGUUUGACCAGUUUGUUGUGAUCCGUUGGACAGGUGAUUGAAAAGAAGCCUCACCACCCUCCAAGGCCCACAAAAUGAAUUAUCAAUGAUUUAUGAAACUCAACAAACUAUAUAGUGAAUGUUGAGAAGUUAACUCAUGAGCAUCUUGUACAGACCUUUUUAUAUUUGCUUAUUUUACUUUUUAAAUAAAAAUUAAAACAAU